AUGUCAUGCAACCGGACUCUUUUUCUGGGAUUUUUCCUGACAGGAUUUUUACCUACGGUUUAUUCUGCAAUUGCGUGCAACAUUGAUGCGGCUCAGAACGCAAAAAAUACUAAAAGAGAUGAUUUCCUCAAGUUCCAUAACGACAUGAGAGAGAACAUCGCCAAAGGCACAGCUUUCGAAAGUUUCGGGAAGCUACCAGCUGCAAAAAAUAUGUACCAGUUGUUGUACAGCUGCCGACUCGAAUACGAUCUCCAAAAGGAACUAGACAAGUGCACCGGCAAAAUAACUGAUUUUAAAGGACGUGGACAGAAUCUUGCCAUACUCUACGACUCAGCAGCACCAGUUAAUCCAGAACAGAAAUUUAAGGAUGCUCUAUAUUUGUGGGGAAACACAGCACGAAUCUACGGAAAGGAGAAUUCCGAGAAUAUUUAUGAUGCUCGUAUGUAUCCAUUUGCUAACAUGGCAUACGGAAAAACACUGAGAGUGGGAUGCGCCUAUAAACAGUGCAAUAAUGAGGCUCACAUAUCGUGUCUGUAUAAUCUCGUAGGAGCCUAUGUAAACAACUCUAUAUACGAAAAAGGAUCAGCAUGUACAAAAAAUGUGGACUGCACAACGUAUGCGGGCUCUACGUGUGGUGGAGUCAACACGAUGUGUGCAGGAAAUGAUGGAAUGACCGAUGAAGCAAGAAAUAAAGUUUUGAGCGAACACAAUAAUAAAAGAAGUCUUCUUGCAAGAGGACUUAUAAGAAAUGGGAAGAAUGUGAACAAGAGAAACCUACCUGCAUCAUCAUAUAUGCCGAAAAUGAUCUACGAUUGCGCCACGGAGGCAUCAGCGAUCGAAUACGCAAACACUUGUACACUUGUCAAAUCGGCAGCGGACACACGUUCAGGAUAUGGUGAAAAUGUGUACGUCUACUCCAAGCCAAAUGCUGAUCCGGCUGCUGUUCUGAAAGAGGCAGUAGAAAAAUGGUGGAAUCAAAUUUUUGAGGAUGCCAUCAACUGGAGGGUGACUUACAUCCCAAGUCUGAUGAAUAAACCUAUUGAUCAGAACGGUUUCACUCAGAUGGCAUGGGCAAAAAGUGUUAAACUUGGAUGUGGGAUACAAACAUGCAACGCCCAAUCGUUUAUUGUGUGUCGUUAUAGUCCUACUGGGAAUGUUCUAAACGAGCAGAUAUACACGCCUGGAAGAGUAUGCGCUGGAUGCUCAGCAGCCUGCAAUGCAUCUGAAGGAUUGUGUAACCUAGUUUAG